AUGGCCCAGCAUUCCCGCAAGCAUCGUUCUCGUGGUGGUUCCUUCUCGUCCUCCGUGGCCUUAGUGCCUUCGUCGCCUUCUGUGCCUCAAGAGCCAGUUGUGCCUGCUAUUGCCAAUGUGCCAUGUGCCAUUGUGCCCAUUGUCUGUGCCCAUGAGCCAGCUUCUGCCAUUGUGCCUUGUGCCAAUGUGCCUUUUAUUACGCCUUCUGUGCCUCAAGAGCCAGUUGUGCCCGCUUCUGCCAAUGAGCCUCGUGCCAUUGUGCCUUCCUCUCUUGCCAAUGUGCCUCGUGCCAUUGUGCCUGCUUUUGCCAAUGAGCCUCGUGCCAUUGUGCCUUCCUCUCUUGCCAAUGAGCCUCGUGCCAUUGUGCCUGCCCCUGCUCCUCUUCUUGGUGUCGCUGCGCCUGUUCCUGCCACCACCAUCACUGAUGCCGAUGUUGAUCACCUUGUUGACACAUUCCAGGCCCUUUCCUUGUUUGAUGUGGAUGCCGACCUUGCUCCCAUCUUUUCAACUUUGACCACCUUUGACCCAUAUGACGAGGAUGCCUACAUGCGACCUCCUGUAGACAUCCCUUAUCAGGAGCCGUUGUGGCUCACUGCCAUCACGUUGAGCGACUUUAUGGAUGUCACCGACGACAUGGAUGCUUCCUUGUCUCCUCUUCCUUCGCCUCUUCCUAUUCCUCCUUCUUCCGCUUUUGGUGCCCCUGUUGAUGUUGACCCCAUGGAUGUCAUUGACGACAUGGAUCUUGCCUUCUCUCCUCUUCCUUCGCCCUUACUUUCUCCUCUUCUUUUCGCUCCUGGUGUCCCUGUGGAUGAAUUGUAUGACCCAAUUCCCAUGUAUCUUGAUCCCGCUUCUCCUGUUCUUCCUCUUUUGCCCGAACCUAUGCUUGCCACUCCUUUUGUUCUUCCUCUUCCUGCUACUGUUACGCCACCUAUGCCAUCACCUGAAGCUCUCCUUAUGCCACCACCAUCACCUCCGCGUCCUCAAGCUUCUCCAAUCACCUCCGCUUCCUCAUCGCCAUCAUCAUCAUCAUCAUCAUCAUCAUCAUCAUCCUCAUCAUCAUCGUCAUCCUCAUCCUCAUCCGCAUCAUCAUCACCAUCACGUUCAUUAGCACCCUCACCACCAUCACGACCACGAUCACCUUCACCAUCACCACCAUCACGACAACGAUCACCACCACCCUCGCCAUCAUUAUCGUUGUCAUCAGGGGUGUCGUCAUUGGCACCAUCAGUAUCAUCAUCGGCGUCCACUGUUCUUUACAACGUGGAUGACGAUGAUGAUGACUGA